AUGUUUGGAAAUUUAGGUGAUUUAUGCGCAAAGAUUGCUGGAACAAAUGUACCAGAAUGGUCAUUUCAAGACAUUCCUAAUUUACAUGGCAAAGUAGCUGUCGUAACGGGAUCUUCUAGUGGAAUCGGUUAUGUUACUGCUUUACAAUUGGCAAUUAAAGGUGCAAAAGUUUAUUUGGCAGGCCGCAAUGAAGAAAAAUACAUUACGGCGAUAAAGAAUAUACAAGAAGAAUGCAAAGACGCCGACGUUGUCUUCUUGCAUAUGGAUUUGCUUGAUUUUGAAAGUGUCUAUCAAGCUGCAGAAGUAUUUUUGGCAAAGGAAACAAAACUGGAUCUUUUAAUCAAUAAUGCUGGUAUGAUGUUUGGCAAGUACCAGUUGACAAAGGAUGGCUAUGAAAGGCAAAUUCAAACGAAUUAUCUAUCGCCCUACUUAUUCACAUACCUUCUUAUUCCUGCAUUGCGCCGUGCUGCAGAGCAAUCAAAACCUGGUGAUGUGCGCAUCGUGAACGUUUCCAGUAUGGGCUAUAUGUUUGCUCCCUACAGUGGAAUCUACUUUCCAGACAUUAAUCUUCCUCACGUUUUGGGAGGAGAACAGACACGUUAUGGACAAACAAAGUAUGCCAAUAUCCUUCAUGCACUGGCUCUCGCCGAUCGCCUGGAAAAAUAUGGUAUCUACUCUGUCAGCUUACAUCCGGGUAUAGUGAGAACGAAUAUUUUUCAGAACGCUCAAGGAUUUAUCCAAGGAUCCCUUCACAAGAUCUUUCAGUUAUAUCCUUUUAACCUUGCGGUCCUUGAUCCGAUCUUGGGAUCAUAUACCACAUUAUACGCUGCCACGAACCCCAUCAUCUCUGAACAGAAAUUGAAUGGAUGCUUUUAUCGGGCGGUUGCUCAAAAGUCAACCUGUUACCGUAACCAAGACCCUGCUCUUGUGAAUGAGCUAUGGGAAUUUACCCACCAAAUUUUUGAGAAGCUUCAUUAUCUCCCUUCAAACGACAGUUUCAAGUAA